CUUUAAAACAGAGUGGAAAGACACCACCCUCCCACACCACCGGAGGAAACUUAAACCACCACCAGGUCACUCCCCUUCACUCCAGCUCUACACUCCGGGACAUCGGCGCUGCAGCCCAGCACGCUCCUUCUUCCACAGGUGCCAGCACCGGCCCCAGCCCACAAGGUAAGAAGCCAUCAGUCUUGACAAAACGUGUCAUGAAGCUUUCUAAAGCACAUUCCCCUCUCUCUUUCCAAUCACACGUUCAUCAGUGACAGGAAAUCUUAAAAAAAAGAGUUCUCUGUAUCGGUGACACCACCUAGAAGAGACCCAAGAUGUUGGUGCUACUGGCUGGUAUCUUUGUGGUUCACAUCGCCACUGUCAUCAUGCUCUUCGUCUCCACCAUUGCCAACGUUUGGAUGGUGGGUUCUUCCAGCAUUGGAACGAUCUCAACAGGACUCUGGCUGCUGUGCAACAAGACCUGCAUUCAGCUGCCAGUUAGCAGUCAAGAUGAGGCUUCCCUCAAAGCCGUGCAAGCCUUUAUGAUCCUCUCGAUCAUUUUCUCCGUUGUGGCGCUCGUCCUGUUCAUUAUCCAGCUGUUCACCCUGGAAAAAGGCAAACGUUUCUACAUGACUGGAGCCGUCAUGCUGGUUUGCUGGAUGUGCAUUCUGAUUGCAGUCUCCAUUUACACAGCUCGGUUCACAGGCACAAUGGGGUACUCCACAAAUCCUCACCAUGGCUACUGCUUCAUAUUGGCCUGGAUCUGCUUUUGCUUCAGUUUUGUCAUUGGCAUCCUCUACCUUGUUCUUAGAAAAAAAUAAGGCUGAUGGGUGUCCAGGGGAGAGGGUUGGCUACUGGGAGUGGGGAAGAAUUACUCUGCUAAGAGAACUGUUGGGCCAAUAGACAAAAACAGCCACCAUCAUCACCAUUGCCACAGCAGAAAAAUCACUAACAAAGCUAGAAUCCUCAGAAACUCCUUCACCAAAGAGAAGGAGAAACAACUCCUACUGAUCUAGCACUUCUGAGGCUAGAAAUCUGCAAGUGACCCAGACAGCCUUCUCCUUUCCUGCAAAGUUGUGCCAUACCUUCACAAAGCUUCAAGCUCAGCAGUGAUGAUUAAAGGGCACCACAAAAACAAGGGCUAUAUCUUCUUCUCUUCCUAGAGCCCUUCUCACUUACAUUUGAGUGUGCCUUGUGGGUUGGGCAGUGAGGAUUAUGACCCCUUUAUUUGUCCAUUGAUACAAAUGGGAUGGGCCUUUUGUUACAUUUAUAUAUAUAUAUAUAUAUAUAUAUGCACAUAAGUGAAUGUUAAAGACAUUAAAUUGAGAAAAAAAAUAGAAAUUGGAUUAAUUUUGUAUUAAAGUAUCUACAAAAAUAAGGCAGCAAAUUUUUUUUUGCUGUUCUGUUUUCUAUUUGAUAUUCCCAUGAUUGAAUAAGAUACAAGUAGGAAUGGCAAAUAUACAGGCAUGGAUGAUGGAGAGAGAGAGAGAGGGAGAGAGAGAGAAUAGGGUUAAAGAUAUACAGAGGUUCUUAAUUACAGAGGGUGCAGUUGCUCAGUGGUACACAUGCAGGGAGGGAACCAUCUGGAUGUGUGUCUGCACUAAAACAAUCUUCUAUUCAACUCCAGAACAUGGUAACAGCACUGCUACAUCGCAAAUCCUUACUGAGACAAGUCCUUAUCUGUAGGCAGGGCUUUUUUCCCACAUCAUCACCUGGUAUCUAAUAUUAAUUGAGUGCCCCACCUUGUGACAAAGCUCAUCUCAAAAGCAGAUAUGGUUAGCAGAGGAAAAUUAUUCCCUAAUGAGAGAUUAGGAGAGAGGAAGUAGGGCUUGUGAGUUUUGCUCCUUGCUGCACAACAUUAGGCCGGCCACUUAACCUGGUGCUUUUCAUCUGCCAAAUUCUUCCAUAAAACUAGCUACCUCCCAGGGUUGCUAAGAGAUUCUGAGUCCACUCUAUAGCACAAGCUCCCCAUGUGAAAGGCUGGCAUAGGAAAGUUAGGCACUGGUACUGCUGCAACCCACAAAUUCCUGUUAGUUUGAAGAAUCUCAGUCACAUGAGGCAUUUGCAAGAGACGAGGUCAAAAUUUCCUGUGACUCCAUUCACAAUUAAAAGAUAGAGAGUAUAAAAACCACAUUAGUACAGAUUGUGCAUGGAUGCUAUUUACCUCUCUCUCUCUUUCUGUUACAUUUUCUUCUUACUUUGACUUUAUAAAUUUGGUGGAUAUAUUCUAGUACUGUAUGUUGGUGUUUCAUUAACAAAGGAUAUGUCAUAUAUAGUCAUUGUAAAUAUUUUGAAAUGCGUAUUUUUAACUUUGUGGGUAUAAAAAUAAAAUCUGAUUCCCUUUCUAAUAAA